AUGGCCUCGCAGCUCCCGGCUUUCCCCCGCGCCGUCUUCACCGUCCUCGAGCCCGUCUCCCUCGUCGGCGGCUUCUUGGGGCCCUUUGUCGACGCCGACUGGUUCGUCGCCUCCCAGCUCCCCGUCGCCGCCCCUGGCUACGACGACAACGCCCGUCUCGUCGCUCUGCAGCUAGGCAACGCCUACGGCCUACUCUUCCUGCUCGGCGUCGCCGUGCUCUACACCACCACCGAGCUCAGAGUCGUCCGGAACUACCUCGUCGCCCUAUGGAUCGCGGACAUCAGCCACGUUGGUGUGACCUGUUGGACGCUCGGGUAUGAGAGGGCCGUCGAUGUCGGCUCCUGGAACGCCGUGACCUGGGGCAACGUCGGCUUUACGACCUUCCUCUGCCUCACUAGAACCGCCUAUCUCCUCGGUCUCUUCGGUCCGGAUCGCCAACAGGCCCCUCCCGCGACCAAAAAGAAGGCGUAA